UUUUAGACUUGUAAAUGGUCAUUAUUUUUAUUUUAUUUAUUUCCUUAAUUAAUUCCCAAAUUAUUGAACCGCCUACUAGAAAUGUUGAUUUGUGGGAUUUAUUUGGUACGUCCACUACAAAAAGGGUUGGACUGAAACACAGUAGAGAGGAAGUAAUCGUUCGAUUAUCUAUUGGAGAAUUGGUCGGUCAAAAAAUAAUAAUUCCAAAUUUGCCCUGGACGGCUACUCAAGAUCCUAAUGAACAAAUUCCGCUUGACAGGAAUGUACCUGAACCUAAUCCACUUCCUUUAAAUAACAAUGUUACUAUAUUUACUUUUCUUGGUGUCCCGUAUGCAGAGCCUCCUUUGGCAAUUCUGAUCUUCCAAAAAAAAUUUUUUUUUAAUUCUCCUCAAAAUUUAAGGCACCUCAACAACUCAUUCGUUCGUUCUUUCACCAAUUUUUAUUUAAACAAUUUAAAAAAAGAUUUGCCGGGUGAUUCCCCCUUUGUUGCUUUUACAUUACCCCCAGUGUGUGCACAAGAUGUGGAGACUAGACCAACAUUAUUUGUUAAUUCUCCAUAUCCUUAUCAAUCAAGUGAAGAUUGCUUAUAUUUAAAUAUAUAUACUCCUGCUUUGAAAUUCUCCUCCACAGCAGAAAAUGCUUUACCCACCAUAGUUUUCUUUCAUGGUGGGAACUUUCAGACAGGAUCAGCUAAUGAUUGGCCUGGUCAUGUUUUAGCUUCUCGCGGGAUUGUUGUAGUUAAUGUUAAUUAUAGAUUGGGGCCUUUCGGUUUUAUGAGUUUGGGUGAUGAAAGAGGUAAUUAUGGACUUCAAGACCAACGGGCAGCUUUAAAUUGGGUUAGACAACACAUUUAUGGUUUUGGGGGUGAUCCUAAUGCUGUUACUAUAGGUGUGUGUUGGAGUAUUUUUCAAAAGAGAUUUUAUUCUGAUGUUUAA